AUGGCGUCCUACCCGCCCCUCGCCGAGCGCGAAAUCAAGAACACCAUCUGCCUGUUCGACGUCGAUGGCACUCUCACUCCGGCGCGCCUGAGCGCCUCCCCGGAGAUGCUCAACCUCCUCUCGCGCCUGCGCCAAAAGGUGGCCAUCGGCUUCGUGGGCGGCAGCGACCUGGUCAAGCAGCAGGAGCAGCUCGGGACGUCCGACAUCAACGUCACGUCGCUCUUCGACUUCUGCUUCGCCGAGAACGGGCUGACGGCCUACCGGCUGGGCGAGCCGCUCCCCUCCAACAGCUUCAUCAAGUGGAUCGGCGAGGAGCAGUACAAGGAGCUGGUGCGCUUCAUCCUGCACUACAUUGCCGACCUCGAGAUCCCUGUCAAGCGGGGCACCUUUGUCGAGUUCCGCAACGGCAUGAUCAACGUGUCGCCCAUUGGGAGGAACGCGAGCACCAAGGAGAGGAACGAGUACGAGCAAUAUGACAAGCAACACGGGAUCCGGAAGGCGUUUGUGGAGAAGCUGAGGGAGCGGUUCGGACAUUUGGGGCUGACGUUCUCCAUCGGCGGGCAAAUCUCGUUCGACGUGUUCCCGACCGGCUGGGACAAGACGUACUGCCUGCAGCACAUCGAGAACGAGGCGAAGCGUCCCGGCGGCGUGCACUACACAACGAUCCACUUCUUUGGCGACAAGACCUUCGAGGGGGGCAACGACUACGAAAUCUACUCGGACAGCAGGACCAUUGGGCACUCGGUGACGGGGCCGGCCGACACCAUGGCCGAGCUGAAGAAGCUGUUCAACCUGGAGUAA